ACAAUAACAUUGAUUGGUUUACUAAAGACUGCAAGGCUUCUACGAGUUAUUCGUGUCGUACGUAAAGCCGAUCGCUAUUCUGAAACAGGAGCUGCCAUCUUGAUUCUGUUAAUGUUUGCUUUUGCACUUAUUGCUCAUUGGCUUGCUUGCAUCUGGUACGCUAUUGCAAUUGCUGAGCGACCUUCUAUACCAAAUCCCAAAUAUUCUUGGUUAGACAAGCUUGCAGACGAAAUCCAUCGCCCUUUUAACGUAUCCGUUAGCGUAAGUGGACCGUCAAUUACAGAAAGGUACCUGACCGCGUUAUACUUCACAUUCAGCAGCUUGACCACAGUUGGUUUUGGAAAUGUUUCCGCUAAUACAUCUUCGGAGAAGAUUUUUGCUAUUGUUGUUAUGUGGUUUGGAGCUCUCCUGUCUGCCAGUAUUUUUGGUAACGUAACAGCAAUCAUACAACGAAUAUAUGCCAGCACUGCCCGCUACCAUUCUCAUAAGAAAAAGAUAAAGGAAUUUGUAAAAUUUCACAAAAUUCCUUAUUACUUAAAGUGUAGGCUAUUGGAAUAUUUUCAACAUACAUGGUCGUAUCAUAAAGGAAUUGAUAUGUCAUCGGUACUAAAAAGUUUCCCUGAAAGUUUGCAAGCUGAAGUAUCGCUACAUCUCAAUCGAAACUUACUAAAAGAAUCCACUGCGUUUAAAAUGUGUACGCCAAGCUGCCUAAGAAGUUUAGCUUUCAAGAUUGAAUCUGCUCACUAUCCUCCUGGGGAUUACUUAGUUAUGCAAGGCGAUAAGCUAAAUUUUCUCUAUUUCAUUUCUCGUGGAUCGGUAGAGGUGUUGCGAAACGAUGUCGUAGUAGCUAUUUUAGGAGUUGGAGAUGUAUUUGGGGAAAAUUUUUAUAAAUAUCGCUCGGUGAUAAAGUCAAAUGGUAAUGUUCGUGCGCUGACCUAUUGUGAUCUGAAUAUAAUUAGCAAGGAAAGUUUACUUGAAGUACUAGAUGCAUAUCCAGAAUUUGCCGAAGACUUUAAUAAUACUCUUGAAAUUACAUUUAAUCUAAGAGGGGUAGGAACAAAUCUUUUUAUUCUAUUGCAAAUAUUUCUAAAUUACCCAGAUUGA